AUGCCGGCAAACAACAGUCUUGAUACCAGCGAAAUCAAAAAUUGGAGGUCCAUCAUAACGCUGAUUGUCUUUGUUGUUACAAAUAUUAUUGUGCUGUUUCCUUUUCACGUCCCGAUAUACAUUCCGCGAUGGCUUUACAACGCAAUUUUAAGCAGCCUCUACAAAACGCGCAUAAUCCCUCGGCCGAAAGCCCCUCAAAAUCAUGAAAAGCAAAGCUUAUUUGUGGCCUUGCGAUUCCCUUUGAACUUCGUGACAGCACCCUUAAUAGCAGAUUUAUUCCUCCUCGCAAUUCUUGCAAUUGGUCGGCAAGAGGUACACGAUGGAACUGUCGGCGCGGACAACAUUGUCCCUCUGGACAUUAUGGGUUUCUUUCUGACUCUCGCUUACAUCGCCAUCUCUAUCGAUGCAUCCGGCCUGAUCAGAUACUUGGCCUUUAAGGUCCUGCAAAAAGGUGGAGACGUAGGGCACCGGCUGUUCUUCUAUCUCUACGCCUUUUUCUUUAUUCUGGGCAGCUUCAUCGGCAACGAUCCCAUCAUUUUGUCAGGAACGGCAUUUUUGGCCUACAUGACCCGGGUGUCAAGUAACAUUGUUCACCCCCGAGCCUGGAUCCAUAGUCAAUUCGCAGUGGCCAAUAUCGCCUCUGCUAUUCUCGUUUCAUCAAACCCAACCAAUCUGGUUCUUGCCGGCGCUUUCCAGAUCAAGUUCAUCGUGUACACGGCUAACAUGAUCGUUCCCGUGGUUGUAACUGCAAUUGUGGUGUUUCCUUUCCUACUCUACAUCCUGUUUGCCGACUUAUCCCUUAUCCCUGUCUCUAUCAAGAUGCACGAGCUCUCGGAAGAGGCAAAGAAACGCAAACCGGUGAACCCGAAUAUUCCUCAUGCCCGAGGUAAUGCGGAACUUGAAGAGGAAGAAGAGGUCAACAACGAGCAAGGGAAAACACUCUCAUUGGAAGAAAUCAUGAACCCAUUCCUAGACAAAAAGGGAGCCGGAUUCGGAGCUCUGAUCAUGGCUGCUACUCUGAUCACUCUCCUGGCUCUCAAUGCCGCUAGUAACUCUGGUCAUGAGAGACCUGUGUUCUGGGUAACUUUACCAGCAGCUUUCGUCAUGUUCUGCUUUGAUGUUGGGAUGGGCUGGCUUCAUCGGCAUGAAACUCGUGAAAUUGCCGCCAGGGGCAGGCGAGAGAUCGAAAUCGCUCGGACGGAAAGAUGGAGGCGCGAGUCAGCCAAAGCCUCACCCGAGCAACCUGCCUUGGAUCAACACGGCCAUCCGGCUCAACAGGAAGGUGUUCGUUCUGCCGAUGAGAUCUCCUUGGGGGCUGCUGCCAACGAUGUCGAUAUGAAAUCACCUCAGGGCGCCGCCGUCACUCGUCUCUCUGCCUCGGCCUCCUUAUCUGACUCGCAGGGAGUUAUACUCACCUCUUCGCCAGAGCCCAUGGGCCAAUCGCUACCUACCGCUGUCGAUCCGGAGAAACGUGAUAGUUUCGAUUCCACGAGCGAGCAAGAGCCCGCCACCCUGUGGUCACUGGUGGCGAAGUCAUACCGAUGGAUGCAGGAGACAUUCCCCACCGUGACGGUGGUGGCUCUGGUGACAAAAGGCUGGGUUCCUGUGUUUGCCUACGGCUGGGACCACUGGGUGAAUAAGACUGGGACUGUAGGCGCUAUCGGUGGAAUGGCCUUUUUAUCUGUGAUUCUCUGCAACUUUGCGGGAACAAACAUCGGUACAACUAUUCUGCUCUCCCGGGUCAUCCAAGCAUGGAUGCAGAUUCACCGUGAAAACGGUAUUCCUAUCAGCGACCGGACGUUCUGGGCUACCGUGUACAGCAUGGCCAUCGGCGUCAACUUCGGUGCCUUCAGUACUGCGUUUAGUGCAUCGCUGGCUGGCCUUCUGUGGCGAGACAUUCUUGCGAGGAAACAUAUCCGCGUGGGCAGCCUGGAGUUUGCGCGUGUCAAUCUCCCUAUCAUCGCUAUCACCAUGGCUGUCGGAUGCACUGUUCUUGUCGGCGAGGUGUACAUUAUCAGAAGCAACAAGCCAUAUGAUGCGUGA